GGUCUCCAGCAGCGGUGACAAUGACGACGACUCCGACUUCGAGCCCACCCUGCAGCACAAGCGGGGGGUGCGGGGGGGGCCCAGCCCCCGCCCCGUCCCCAAACGUCCCCGGAGGGAGCCCAGCGGGGACAGGAGUGGCCCGGAGCAGAACGUCCUCUUCCAGGCCGUCAUGGAUGGCGGGGCGGCCAUUGAGGUGGUGGUGGACGAGUGGCUGGAGGGCUACAAGCAGGACCGGGAGCCGGCCUUCCUGGAGCUCGUCAACUUCAUCGUCCGCUCCUGCGGCUGCCGAGGCACGGUGACGCUAGCCAUGCUGCGGGAGAUGCAGAACGCCGAGAUCAUCCAGCGGCUGACCGAGAGCUUCGACGAGGCCUCCGCCGACUACCCGCUGUCCCUCUCCACGGCCCCGUGGCGCCGUUUCCGCCGCUCGCUGGGGGCGGCGGUGGCGUCGGUGGCCCUGCGCUGCCGCCACUCGGUCCUCUACGAUGGCUUCCUCCUCGGUGGCCUCGCCGCGCUGCUCACCGGCCUCUCCGACUCCCAGGUGCGCGCCUUCCGCCACACGGCCACCUUGGCAGCCAUGAAGCUGAUGACGGCGCUGGUGGAGGUGGCGCUGGGGCUGAGCCAGCGCCGCGACAGCACCCGGAGGCUCUACGAGGCCGAGAGGGGCAAGAGCCCCCCCCGGAGAGCCCCCGGCAAGCUGGAGGCGCUGCUGGAGACACUGCGGGAGCUCCAGGAGCAGCAGGAGGAGAUCGAGGCCGUGAUGAACGCCAUCUUCAAGGGCGUCUUCGUGCACCGAUACAGGGACGUGGUGCCCGACGUCCGCGCGCUGUGCAUGGAGGAGCUGGGGACGUGGAUGUGCAGCUUCCCGGCCUCCUUCCUCACCGACGGGCACCUCAAGUACCUCGGCUGGACCCUGCACGACAAGCAGGCGGAGGUGCGGCUGCGCUGCGUGCGGGCGCUGCGGGGGCUCUACGCCCGCCAGGACACGGCCGCGCACAUGGAGCUCUUCACCGGGCGCUUCAAGGCCCGCUUGGUGGCCAUGGUGCUGGACAAGGAGCCCGAGGUGGCCGUGGAGGUGGUGAAGCUGCUGACGGUGAUGCUGGACACGGUGGCCGAGGCGCUGACGGAGGCCGACUGCCACCGCGUCUACCCGGCCGUCUUCGGCACCCGCCGCGCCCUCGCCAGCGCCGCCGGCCUCUUCCUCUACCGCAGCCUGCUGUCCCCACGGCACGGGGGUGACACCGAGCCGUCCCCCGGCACUGGGGACAACCGGACCUUCUUCCGCCUGCUGCUGGCCUUCUUCAUCGAGAGCGAGCUCCACCAGCACGCCGCGUACCUCGUGGACAGCCUCUGGGACUGCGCCGGGGCCCGGCUGCGGGACUGGGACACGGCCGGGGGGCUGCUGCUGGAGGAGGCCCCCGGGGAGGGUGGGCAACUGGGGGGCACUGGGAGGCACUGGGAGGGGACUGGGGGGCCCUGGGAGG